CAUGAAACGUUUUGUACCCUUUUUUGUGGCCUGCCGUCAUGUACCUUUGACAAAUUAGGGUGAAACAAGGUUGCGGUACACCGUUCUAAAGAAAGCUGAGAAUUACCGUUUCGAAGCCUGUGUGGCAUUGAAGGAGUAAUAUCCUGAAUGGCGCCCUUGGAAAUGAAGGCAAUCUAAAACUGUAUCAGACCUUAACCCUACACUGGGCUCUGAGGAAAAUAACAUGACUUGUCUUUUGAACAGUUGAUUACUACACUAUUCUGCCCUGAAGUGCUGUAACUGACAUAUACGAUGCGUUCAUUGUAAAAUGGGAACUCAACAUGUCACUUCUCGGCUCCCGGCAGGAACUGCUAUAGUAUAGGUUGUUACAAUGAUGUCAGCCCUAGUGCUAGAUGCAUCAUCUGGCACUACAAGGGCAGAGGAACGUCAGAGAUUGCUUUCAGAACUUUUAGAGGCUGUAAAGCAAUGCCAAAUUCGAUUUGGUGGGCGUGCUGAACUAGCAACAGAAAGUCAUCCACGUGUAGCAGUUCUCUGCAAUCGAAUAGAAGCAGCAUUGUGUCAUGGUCUUCGAAGUAAGCCACUUCUGCUGAAGAAUAGUUCAGCUUUCAGGCAAGUAACAGAGAUUGUAUCUAGCAGUCUGCAUUUGGGGCGGGGUCCAGCACAGGACCAUCAAGUGUUAUGGCACUAUGUGCGGGAGCACUUGACGAGGCACGAGUACGAGCGCUACCUGGUUUUGAAGCACGUGUGGACAGAUUUAGGACGUGGUCGUGCGUGGCUGCGUUCUUCUCUCAAUGAACACUCACUGGAACGUUAUCUGCACUGCAUGCUUGGUAGCACAGCCCAUCUUUCUAUCUUCUUUGAAGACUGGGCAUUUUUACUAGACCAGGAGAGAAGCAGCAUGCUCCCAACGAUGGCUGCAGGUCUAGGCUCCAUUUUGUUUGCUAUAAGCAUUGACAACGCAGAUCUGAAUCAACUGAGCCACGCGCACUGCGAUGUAGAACCAUUGGUCCCUUCUCUUAUGCGGUCUGAACCUGUAAUUGCUGCAUCUGAUCCAGGUAAAACUAUGGCAGAAGACAAAAGUGAUACAAGCUGCAAGUGGAAACUGGAUCGUCGCCGCAAACGUGUACCAGCUCACAUAAUUUCAUUUGAUGAGGACACCCUAGCAGAACAACACUUAGGAACGCAAGUGGUGUCAAGCAGUGCCCCUCCAACAUGUCUUAACUCCCCUGCAAGUGGCUUGGGGAAUAUGCUGAUGCCUGCAGAAACAGUAGGUACCUUCCCUACUGAGCCUGCAGAUGGCAUUGCUGGAAGUAAUGUGACUGUUUCUGGAGGACAGGCUCAAAAUGCUUCCUUACCACAUGAUGGCAGUAUGACAGAAAGCAAGUCACCUCGCCCCGAUAGUUUGCCAGUGUUAGACUCGGAGCAGCCGAGCGAGCUGCAGCUUAGUUAUUCCCCCCAACAAUCCCGGCGGAGCUCAACCCGAAACCUCUCACGGGGUACAGGGAGGAAUAAAGAUACUCAGGGUCCUGGUAUGUCCAGCAUGGUGAACGCAAUGUGCUCAGUACAGACGUUAACUCCCGUGAACAAUGUGAGCGUGGGAGAACUCAUUCCUGUCUCAGUGACAGAUGAAGCUCACUCUGAGGAGGACUCCCUCUCUGUCCCCAGUUAUUCUGAGGAUACAGACUGUGCUGCCGCCGCCUUGCUGGCUACGCAGAAGUUGCUGCAGACCAACUGUGUUGAAUUCUCACCUCAGGAGUUUUCAACCACAGGAAACUGCUGUAACGUAACAGAUCCCUUCACCCAUGUUAAUAGUGAGGUACGCGAAGCUGUUAUGUCCCUCCUGGCCCGUAAAGAGGAGUUGCAGGCUGAAACUCGUUCUAUUAAGAGGCUUCUUGAUCAGGCACAGGAACAGAAUGCAGAGUUGAAGGCUGAACUAGCGGAAACUAAUCGCCAACACCAAGACAAAAUAGAUCGCUUGGAAAGUCAGAUUCAGGGUUUAGUCAGAGAGAAUGAACUUUUGAAGCACCAGUUGCGCAAGUACGUGGGGGCCGUCCAGAUGUUGAAGCGGGAUGGCACUCAGGCACACGAAGCUCUGGCUAGUCUGGAGGCUUGUCAGCCGAAAUCCGGAGACGUCUCUUAUCCGGAUUAUCACCACGAGGCUCGUGAAUAUGAGAAGAAACUGAUCCAAGUAGCAGAGAUGCAUGGAGAACUUAUGGAGUUCAAUGAUCGCUUACAUCGACUUCUGCAGCAGAAAGACGCUGCGUUACGUCGGUUGCGAGAGGAGCUUGUAGAUUUGCGCGGACCACUGCCUGAUGAUGUUGCCACUUCAGACGAUGAUCUGAGUGUGACCAGCGACUAUGACACCGGCUCUCUGUGUGCUGCGGCCAGAGCGCUUGUUAACAUCUGGAUACCGUCGGCUUUCCUGACAGGCGGCUCGUCUGACGUCCAUCACGUUUAUCAGGUUUACAUUCGUAUACGUGACGAUGAAUGGAAUGUAUAUCGGCGUUAUGCACAGUUUUACUCUUUGCAUAAAGAGUUGAAGAAGUACGACGCUAUCGUCAGCACGUUUGACUUUCCACCCAAAAAAACUCUGGGUAAUAAGGAUGCCAAGUUUGUUGAGGAACGUCGCCGUAGGUUGCAGCACUAUCUGCGUUGUGUGAUGAAUCAUUUAGUGCAAACAAAUGUUGAUCUGGCCACUGCACCUGACAAGGAGCUUCUCAUAGGACUUGUACCAUUCUUUGGUGAGAUGUGCAACACUGUGGAUGACAGAAGCCGGCGAAAACGACCAAAUUCACGGAAUCCAUUUUCAAGACUGGCUCACGGUGGAGUCGAAAGCAACCAGACAGUGGAGCACUCCCCUCAGUACACGGGACUGUAGCAGAUGGAUAAAAUGGAAUUGAACGAACAUUCUCUUUGCAGCAUACAGGGUGAGUGGAACAGUUGAAAAAUGUUACGGACUGUUGUAGCGCUGUGUUUCCAGGAGGAGCCGUUUGAUACUCAACUACGUAGCAGAGGCCAAUUAUUGUGUCAGACUAUUACUGUAUUUAAAAUAUAAAAUUAUGAAUGUUUAUGUGUUGGUAAUGAAAUGUGAUGAUAGCGUCCUCAAAUAUUUGGUGAAAAUCCAAAACUGGCAGCAUUCUUCAUAAUGAUAAAGACAUCGCUGUUCGGGACAGUCUCGUGUUAUGUCACGAUGAAACGGCCGUUGACCACCGCGUGUGCGGGUUCUAUCGUUGGGGGGAGUUUCAUCACACAAGAAAACUAUUCGGUUCAAAACAGUCUGCGUGUCAUUACUAAACUAAUGUUAUGUCAAACUCUGCCUACAUGCAAAGGACCAAAAUAAAUAACAAGUUAUAAAAUGCUCCUUUAUAUGGAUAUUUAGAAGUAUGAUAUGUGUGACAGCGACCAUUGCAGCGUGCAGCGUUUGAUAUAACUCAGGACUCAAAACCUACCAUCCUAUCAGGGCUUUAGAAUUUAAGUUGAUUUGUUACAAAGUUGUAUGUAUCUGUGUGGGUGCAUGUGUGACAAUGUCUGGUAAUUGUUUUGUAAUGAAUGUGUUCUCUGUUCAAGGGAAUGUGCGCUUGUUGCUUCUUUAGAAACACGUUGAUGGAGUAGUGCUUCUACAAGCACAUAUUAGUAUUCUUGUAUUAAAUAGUGUCACAUAUAAUACGGAUAUUUUUUCUAUUAAUGAUGUGAGAUGUCACGAAUGACAAUCGUCAACAUUUGUGUUCAUUAAUUGACACGCAAAGUGAAACUGCUAUGACCUAAGUUGUGUACAUAUUGUAUGAAGUUUGAGUUCUUUUUUCUUUUCCUGUCUUUCAACAAGAAUUAUAUUGUAUCAUUAAAAAAAAUCAAUCGUAAA